CCCCCCAACAUGCAUCCUCCUUCUCCCACUGCUGUUGUGGACCCUGCACAGACCGUGAACAAGCAGCAAGUGUCGGAGGAGGUAGAAGGAGGUAGAAGGAAGAACCGGAUCAAGCAGGAGGAGGUGAAGUCCAGUGCUGCAGCCAUGUCUCUAUCAGCAGACUUGAGCUGCCUCAAGAGCAGCCAGGGAGCAGAGCGAGACGCAGCGCUGGCAUCGCUGGAGAAACAGCUGAUGUGUCCCAUCUGCAUGAAGAUCUUCAACAAGCCCGUGGUCAUCCUGCCAUGCCAGCACAACCUGUGCAGAAAGUGUGCGAACGAGCUCUAUCAGCCCUCUCUGUUCCACGCUCGAACCACUAUGCUCGUGAACAGCGGGCGUUUCCGAUGUCCAACCUGCAGACACGACGUGGUGCUGGAUCGCCAUGGCGUCUACGGCCUCCAGAGAAACCUGCUAGUAGAGAACAUCAUCGAUAUCUACAAAGAGGAGCUCAACCAAAUACCGAGCCCUCUUCCUCCUCCUCCUCCUCUUCCUCCUGCUGAAGCAACCUGCUCUGACCACGAGGGUGAAAAGUUAAACAUCUACUGUCUUACCUGCCAGUUUCCAACAUGUUCUCUCUGCAAAGUAUUUGGGGCCCAUCAGUCCUGUCAGGUGGCUCCUCUGGCAGACGUCCACCAGCAAAAGAAGGAUGAGCUGAGUGAAGGAAUCACCUCUCUGGUGGAAUUCAGGGGCAGAGUCCAGGCUCUCAUCACUGAAAUAGAAGAGACUUGUCGAGUUGUUGAGGAGAACUACAAGACGCAGAAACAGAAUGUGUGUGACAAGUUUAGCAGCAUGUUUUCCAUCCUGGAGGACAGACGCAAGGUUAUGACACAACAAAUUAGCUCUGAAGAAGAUGAGAAAAUAAACCACAACCAGAUGUUGAUGCGUUGCUACGGUGACAGGAUGGAGGCCAACAGGAAGCUGUUGGCAAUUGCAGAGAGCAGCAUGGAGGAGCUGGAUAUAGCUGAGUUUGUCCAGAAUUCCAAAGAGCUGAUCUCAAAAGUGAUUGUAGCCACCAGCUCCAGUCCAACAGAGACACUUAAACCAGGUUAUGAAAAUCUGAGGUGCUACAGGUUUAAUUUUAGUGAACAAGAAGGAGCGCUGAGGAGCAUAGACUUUGAUAAAGUUGUAGAGGACAUUUCUGAAGGGCAGGAAGUCAAUCCAGAGCCAGAGGAACCCAAAGGACACACAGCCCAAAACAUAGAACCAGUACAAAAUCCAGAAACUUCAAUCCAGGACCUGGAAGCAGUGGAAAAAACAGCUGAGGAUUCAGUUCUAGAAAGCAUUUCCCCAACAGUGGAAUCAUUACCAUGUGAACUGGAAGCUGACUAUGUGCCUUUAGCGACUGGACCAGCGGUAACUAGUUCUGUAGAUGCUGCUGGAGAAAAUUCAGAGCAGGACACUUAUGAGCCAGAUCCAGGUGAUGUGGGAUCAGGUCAGGUUAAUGUGGAGAAGGAAGUAGAGAGGGUGGAGAAUCAAAGCAUGACUGAGGCGCCACAUCCUGUUAAAGAGGAAAGCAUCAGGAAGGACCAGGAAGGGAUGAGCACACAGCAGGUUGUCACAAUCAUCUUCUACCUGUUGACCUUUCUGGUCAUCCUGCAGAGGGUUUGGUCUUACAUCGGCUGCAUCAUCCACUUAUGAAACCAGAGGAGAGAAAGAUCCAUGGAUCAGCACCACCAUGCUGAGGACAAAGGACAACAGAACCCACUUUUCUUGGGUUGGUCAUCAGCCUGCCUCUCAGUCCUGAGCUAAGUUCCUUUAGGAUCCAGCUUCUGCAUCAUUUGGCUGACCCAGAGGACAACAACAACAAGUAGCAGGAGGAAAACAAGGAGUCUGCUUUUCUUUACUAAUAUUUAAUAAUAUGUUGGUUGUUCAACUGCACUGAGGAUGAUUUUAAAUGAUUAUUCCGGUUUUUUACUGUCAAUUUUAUACAAAAAUAAAAUGCUACAGAAGCCAAAACCUCAAAUAUCACAGGAAACUUGACUGAACAGAUGAUGAGAGCGGAUUUCAUUGGCUGCAAACUGCUGAUUGAUCCCCUUUUGGUACAAACUGAAGCUUUUACCUCCUUUGGUUAAGUUAUGAUUGAAGAUAUUUUUGGGCUAUUUUACAAGUUUGCCAAGAAGCUCAAAAUGAGACACUGGAUUUGCUUCUUACUGUUAUAAACUGGACUCUGGAUGGAGACUUGAUCAUGUAAAGCAUGAUUUUUGUAGAUUUCAGGUUUGUAAUCUCAGAAACAAUAAAAAUCAAUUAAA